AUGACAGCAAAAAUAGCUUUAUGUUUGCAUUUUAUUUUAAAUUUAUUCAUAAAUAAUAAAUUAAAGAUAUUGUUAUUUUAUUUUUAUUAAAUAUAUUAGAGCUGUUAGUUCCUAAAAUUGUUAAAAAAAUUAGAUAAAAUAAUAGAGAAAAUGGCAACAAAUAUUCAAGAUUAAUAGCCGUUGCAAUAGCAAAAUAGCUUGAAUAACAAUUAAAAAUAGUUAAAAACAUAAGGAAGUGCAACAAAACGUUAAAGUAUAUUUAAGGAAGAUGCUAUAUCAGAUGAAGGAAUGAAAAAUAUUAGUAAAGUCAUUCAGGAACUUCAAUUAAAAUUAAAGCCUACUUUUGAUAAUGUUUCAAAGAUAAAGCUCCCAAGAAUAACAGGAAGGUACCAAGAAGCAUGGGAUGAAAUGAAUAGGGCUAAGGAAGAGCUCAUUAGCAUGAUAGAGUAGUAUUUUAUAGAAAUGGAUAGCAAUUUAAAAGAAGCUUUUUCUAAAUUUCCAUGCGAUGAAUUAAGGGUUUAGACUUAGUAGAGAAUUUAAAGUAUCUUAAAAGAGUUCGAUUAUUAUUCAUAAAAAAUGUUAGCAAACAAUCUUCAGUAAUAAGAUGCUAUAAAUUUUAAAAGCAGAAAAUAUGAAUAAUAGAUGAUAGAAAUUGAAUAAGAUGUACUGUUUUUAGAUAAUGCCUUUAAGAUGGGAGUUUAAUUAAAAUAGAGCAAUUUUCCAUAUUUUAAGGUUGAUAGGAAGUAGCUUGAGCAAAUAUUAAUGAGCUUAAAUGAUUAUAUAUACACUGUCUGUCCUCCCGAAGACAUAAACGAGUAGCUUCUUGAAAUUCCUUAUAUAGAUUUAGAUUAGUACUACAAUAUUUCUAACAAUCCUUUUGGGUAGGCCUCUUCAUAAGUUAAAUAAAUCUAAAAGAUUGCUUAUUUUUUUGACAGAAAAGUAUCUUUCGUAGAUUUAUAAAGCAAUCAAAUUAAAUAGCUGCUUCUUCCUGUUUAAUAUUGUUAAUAUCAGCCUUCCUAUUUGUUGCUUCCAAAUUAAAAUAUUUUUUAUUGUGGAGGUAUUGAUGAUUCUCAAGAAAACUGUGAUGGAUUAAUUUCUUCUAGAUCUUUUGAGAUAAACACAACCAAAAAUAUAAUAACUCAACUUGCUGAAAUGAGAGUCAAAAGGAUUGGCCAUUCUAUAGUUUAUGCUACAGUUAAUUACCAAGAGCAGUCAGAAAUACAAAAGCUAAAAUCUGAAUUGAAUAUUAGUAUUCCAUAAUAAAAAAAUAGCUAAUAAAAUAAACUAAGUUAUAUUUAUGCUAUCGGAGGGAAAACAAACUAUGAUACAAAGACUAAACUUUGUGAGAGGUAUGAUGUCUAAAGAAAUGUUUGGGAAAGUAUAGCUCCUUUAAAUUAAGCCAGAUCAAGAUCUGCAUGCUGUUUAUUUAACGAAAAAUUUAUUUAUGCAUUUUAUGGAACAAGCAGUGAAAACAAAUCAGUUCAGACUGUAGAAAAGUAUGACAUAGAGCUUAAUAAAUGGGAAGUUUUAGAAGUCGUAAAUCAGUUACCUGGAUUCGAUGUGUCUUUUUCAGCUGCAAUCUAAAUUAACUCCUCUUAGAUUAUUUUAAUUGGAGGCUUUAGAGAGUCAAUGCUGAAUGAUAAAGGAUUUAUGCUUUUUAAUAGAAAAUUAAUAUGCUUUAAUACAUAAAACUCCACGCUUUCUUUGUUUAAAUAUAACAUGCCUUUAGACUUAUUACCAUUCAGCUAGCCUGUUAUAAGCAACAACGACUUGUACAUAGUAGGAACAUGCAUGGAAAAUAUAAGUGAAGAUAAACCGUGCUUACUACAGAAGAAUGCCUUUGUUGUAAAAUUAGAUGAAAUGUCUGGUCCAACAAUUACUAAAGUCAUUUCUAAUUAAGAAGGCCAAGAAAUAUAAAUUCUACCCUUUAAAUAAGGGAAUUGA